AUGGAGUUGGUCAAUACGAGCAAAGUUCAAGAGUUUGUUUUGGUGGGCUUUGGAGAUCAGCACCAGAUACGUCACCUGCUUGUCGUUAUUUUUGCUGUUCUCUACAUCCUGACUUUGACAGAGAACAUUGUCAUUAUCAUGCUGGUGUUCCUAGAUUCCCACUUGGCUCAACUUCCCAUGUAUGUCUUUCUGAGUAACUUCUCCUGGCUGGAGAUGUGUUAUGUGACUACAACCGUGCCUCGCAUGCUUUAUGACCUGGUAACUUCCAAGGGGAACAUCUCUUUCCAUGCCUGCUUCCUCCAGUUCUACAUCUUCUUCUCCCUUGGCAGCACAGAAUGCUUCUUCCUCUCAGCUAUGGCUUUGGAUCGCUACAUAGCCAUCUGCCAUCCAUUGCAUUACCUGCAACUGAUGUCCAAAUUUAUCUGCUCUGCCCUGGUGUCUGCCUGUUGGAUCCUUGGCUUUCUGUGGUACAUUGUCCCUGUGAUAUUAAUAUCCAAGUUGUCCUUCUGCGGCUCAAACAUCAUCAACCACUUAUUAUGUGACCCUGGACCAAUUCUAUCCUUGGCAUGUCCACCCCUAGGAAUGAUUCCUUUUAUUUGUCAAGUGUUCAUGAAUACCAUGUUUGCAGUCAACCUAAUCUUUGUUGUGCUUUCUUACGGAAUGGUGAUUCUCACACUGACAAAAAAAUCUAGCCAAGGGCGCCAAAGGAAGACUUUCUCCACCAUCUUGUUCCACCUAGUAGUAGUCACACUUUUCUAUGGGUCAGUAGCAGGGGUUUACUUAACUCCCGGAGGAGAAAGUCAAUCAGGUAUCAACAGAUUAGCAACCAUCUUCUACACCAUCAUUACCCCACUUCUAAAUCCCUUGAUAUACUGCCUGAGGAAUGGCCAGGUGAAAGAGGCUUUGGGCAGGCUGCUGAAAAGAAAAAUGAGGUUUAUGUCCAGUGUCACAUAA